AUAGGAAACGGAAGUGGCUGACCUUUGGCGCAUGCGCAAAGGGAUCAAAUAAGAUUUGCGGGCGACCAAGAUGGCGGACUGAGUAGCUGCAGCUCGCUAAAGAAGUUUCACUUUUGUGAUCUUUUAGCUCUUUUAGACUCGCAGAGAUUCGCCUCGUCUAAAACUCUCGAAACAAAAGUUGAGCUUGAAGCGGCGGAGUGUGACCUGAAGUGAAGAUUGAAGACGUGAUAGAAGAUGGACGACUACUGCUAUGCUAAAAUGGCGACGUCAUGUCAAAGAGAAAGUGAAAGAGAAUCUGCAGACAAAGAUGAGCGAGUUGAAGUUUCCAACGGCGUCAUUUUGGAGGCUAUUUUAAGCCUUGGAAAGAGCGUGGAUGAGAAAUUUUUUGAAUUUUUCAAACAAUUCGAUCGAAUCACCGCAGCGAUCCUGAGCUUGAAGAAGGCAGUGGAGUUCACAUCAGAGGAGAUGAAAGAAUGCAAAAGUCAAACGAAGAAAGUGGAAGAGCAAAAGAAGCAAUUGUGUAAAGAAAACCAUGAUUUGGAGAAGAGUAAGAGAUGUGCAGUGUGUGAAGAGAAGACUGGACCACAUGUCUACAUCAACCUGCUGAGGACUGCAGACGUCCAGCAGAAGAUUGAUCAUUUGGACGAACUUCACCCUCAGUCGCACGGGGAGAGUUCCACUUUGAAGAAGGAGGCCUCCCAGCCCCACCAUCCUAAAGGAGAAGAGGAGGAACUCCGGAUCACUCCGAAGGGAGAGUGUCUUCUCGGGACGCAAGAAGCUGAUCCCACCAAGUUGCCACUGACUGUCGUUUCUGUGAAGACUGAAGAUGAUGAAGAGAAACCACAACCAGGCAACCUCUUAGCUCCACUAUCAGAUAGUGAGGCUGGAGACGAGGUGGAAGUAACUUUGAGCAGCGAUACAGACUGUGAAGGUGAUAUGAAGACUCGCGCUGACAACAAACACUCUGAAUAUUCUGAAAAGAAGAGAGGUAAAAAAGGUUUAAGCUGCUCAGUUUGUGGCAAAAAAUUUGCCCGAAAGAGCCAUUUGGCUGAGCACGCGGGAACACACACAGGCGAAAAAACAUUCAGUUGUCAAGUUUGCGGUAAAAGAUUUUCGCUGAAGACCUAUCUGAAAAGACACAUGACGAUGCACGCUGGAGAAAAUCCAUUUCAUUGUUCAGUUUGCAGCAAACCUUUUUUUUCCAGGCUGGGUUUGACUCGACACAUCAUGAAACACACUGGAGAAAAACCCUUCAGUUGUUCCGUCUGCGGUAAGCGCUUUUCUCAACGGGGCCAUUUGACUGAACACACGAGAAUCCACACAGGGGAAAAACCAUACAAGUGUUCGAUUUGCGGGAGAAACUUUUCUCGCAGGAGCGGUUUGACUGGCCACAUGAGGACGCACACCGGAGAAAAACCAUUUGUUUGUUCUGUUUGCGGUAAAGGCUUUUCCAUCAAGUCCUGCUUGAUGGGACACGCCAAAACACACACGAGAGAAAAAACGAUUAAUUGUUGAGUUUGCGGUAGACCUUUUUUUCCCAGACAGUGUAGAAAAUAGCAUGCAAGUGUGGUGUAAGAAAGACACAAGGGGGAAAAAAUAUUCAGCUGUUUGUGUUAAAAGCUUUAAUCAAAAUAGCAUUUUGUCUGGGCUUCACGGUGGCAGAGGGGUUAGUGCGUCUGCCUCACAAUACGAAGGUCCUGCAGUCCUGGGUUCAAAUCCAGGCUCGGGAUCUUUCUGUGUGGAGUUGGCAUGUUCUCCCCGUGAAUGCGUGGGUUUCCUCCGGGUACUCCGGCUUCCUCCCACUUCCAAAGACAUGCACCUGGGGAUAGGCCCCUCCCACCUCCAAAGACAUGCACCCCGGGAUAGGCCCCUCCCACCUCCAAAGACAUGCACCUGGGGAUAGGCCCCUCCCACCUCCAAAGACAUGCACCUGGGGAUAGGUUGAUUGGCAACACUAAAUGGUCCCUAGUGUGUGAAUGUUGUCUGUCUAUCUGUGUUGGCCCUGCGAUGAGGUGGCGACUUGUCCAGGGUGUACCCCGCCUUCUGCCCGAUUGUAGCUGAGAUAGGCGCCAGCGCCCCCCGCGACCCCGAAAGGGAAUAAGCGGUAGAAAAUGGAUGGAUGGAUGGCACUUUAGUUUCACAGUUUGUAACCAGAAAAAUGGUGCAACACAUAAUAAAACAGAUAAGUUUGCAGUAAAAGAGUCUCUCCGAAAAAACUGAUGGUACAUAAAAAGGCACAUGAGUGAAUCUGAUGUCACACACUCAACACAUCAACACUUUUUAGCUGACUUCUCACAUUACAUUUUCAUGAUUGGAAGAUCUUUUAGCACAAACCUGACAACUGAAGGAUUAUUUUUUUCCCUGCGUGUCUCAGCACGAGUCAAACUUUUCGAGUGCUAAAAUCUUAACCUCAAACCGACCAUGUAGAAGAUUGUUUUAAUUCCGCGUGCUAUUUAUUGUGUUGCACAACUUGCCUUCUGGGUUUCGUCUCUUAGAGCAAAUGUUUUUUUUCUGUCAGAGUGAUUCUAAGAACAACAGCUGCACAACUUUGAUAAGUUGAAAACAACAUGGAUGACGUUUCCCUCUCCUUCCUUUUUGGAUUACAGACGUAAUGAUCAUGAAAUUGUGUUUGUGUUAUGUCAUUGUUGUAGAAUAUUGAUGUACAUUCACACAGAGUGUAAGUCUAUGUUCAACAACACUUACAUUUGUUUGGAUAUAGAGUUAAGGACCGUCAUGUGACACAAACAUAAGAUUGAGGAGGCAAUGACAAUGUGCUGUCAUCUUUUGGGACAUAAGAUUUGUUUUCUUUCUAAAUAUUUGUGCUACAACUUUUUUGGAAUAUACUUUUGAGAAAUUCUGAAUGUAGUUGAUGCUGCAAUUGCAUGCAAAUCUUAUGUAAUGAGAAGCUAAAUGAAUUAAAUAUGUUUGAAGGCCCCAUAAA